AAAAAUAAACUUAAGCUCUGGAAGAGUCUUAAUAAAUCCAUAAAUCAAUGCCUUCUACGCAUCCUGUCGAAAAUCCUGAUUCUACUUUAGAAGAAGAUGAUAUAAAUUUUGGGGGAUUAGUAUCAGCAGAAUCUUUUGAAUUUGGAGAUUUUCAUGAAAAUCUUACAGAAAUUUCUUCAGAUAUUAUUCAUGAUUUUCAGUUGGUAUGAUUCGUAAUAAAGAUGCGUUUUGCUUGUUGAACACAUAUAUGAAUAGCCCGUUAUUGAUUAUGAUGAUUGGUCAUCAAUUAUGUCUAAAGUUCCAGAAAUUGUCAAUGCUAUAUUAGGCCCUGAAAUAGAUUCAUCAGGCUCCUAUUUAGAACAAGAUGUAGCAUCAGAGCAUGAUAUAUAUGUUCCGGAUAAUUCUAAACAUUUUUUAGAAUCAGGUUGUCGUCUUUGGGAAAAAUAUUCUGCAUUGAAAGAUCUUCCUCCUUUAUCUUGGGAGACGUCUCAUACUCGUCAAAUGUUUUUAAUGUCUCUUGAUAUUCCUUUGAACCUGGAUGAUACACGUCCGCCCAAUCAAAAAACAAAAAACAGUCAUGUUCCAUGGAUAAAAAUAUCUUCAGAUACCUCAUUUAAAGAUACUCUCUUAAAAGAUGAAUCUCUAACAAAUAACGACAUAAUAUCCCAUGAUUUUAAUACUCAAAUGAUCCGGCUUAUUUAUUUAAAAUCUGAUGAAGCCUUACUUAAUCUUUCUUCGGUUUUGCUAAAAUCACAUUUACUUGACUUAGAAAUUAUUCAUAAACAAUCUUCUAAAUAUCUUUCUUACUGGACUGAAAAAAAGAAUGAAAUUGAAAGCGAUAAAUUGGUCUUUGAAAAGGUUAUUGAAAGUCUUGUUCAACAUACAAAACGACAACGUAUUGAACAUAUUAAAAAAACAUAUAAUCUUAAAAAAAAAUCUUGA